GUGCUGGACGAGACCAUUCAGACAGACUGCUUUGAUGCCUAUAAGAGAGUGGACAUCUGGGCCUUUGGGCUGGUGCUGUGGGAGAUAGCAAGGCGCACAUACAGCAAUGGCAUUGUUGAGGAGUACAAGCCUCCAUUCUACGAUCAGGUGCCAAAUGACCCCAGCUUUGAAGACAUGAGAAAGGUGGUGUGUGUGGAGCAGCAGAGGCCUUUCAUUCCUAAUCGUUGGUUUUCCGAUCCU